GUUAGGAAUCGAACGGGGACAAUGGCGUUCAAAUCAAACUCCUACGUUGUACUGAACGAUGGGCACAAGAUGCCAGUGAUCGGGUUCGGUACCUACGCCCCUGAACAGUACACUAAAGAGCAGGCUGGAGAGGCUACAAAGGUGGCCAUCGAUGUUGGCUAUCGUCAUAUUGACUGUGCUUUUAUCUAUGGCAACGAAGUGGAAGUUGGCCGGGCUAUCAACGCAAAGAUUGCUGAUGGGACGGUGAAGAGAGAGGACGUUUUCUAUACCGGAAAGCUUUGGUGUAAUAAUCAGGCCCCAGAAAGGGUUCGUACGGCUCUUGAGAACUCUCUAAAGGAUCUUGGACUAGAUUACAUGGACCUGUUCCUGAUCCACACUCCUGUGGAGUUUAAGCCUGGAGACGAUCCAUUUCCCAAAGACGAAAAUGGAAAAGUGCUUUUUCACAACACAGAUAUCCGGGAUACCUGGAAGGCUUUGGAGGCUUGUAAAGAUGCCGGAUUGGUCAGAUCUAUCGGAGUGUCCAACUUUAACCGCAAACAACUGGAGCUGAUCUUAAAUGCCCCAGGACUGAAGUAUAAACCCGUUUGUAACCAGGUGGAGUGCCACAUAUUCCUCAAUCAGAGCAAACUGCUGGAGUUCUGCAAAUCCAAAGACAUUGUACUGGUCGGUUACAGCGUCCUGGGCUCCAGCAGAGUGGAGGGCUGGAUAGAUCAAAAUUCUCCCCAAGUGCUGGAAGAUCCUGUUCUCCUAGAAGUUGCAAAGAAGGUUGGCCGGUCCCCAGCGCAGGUGGCGAUGCGUUAUGUUUUGCAGAGAGGGAUUGUCGUCCUCGCAAAGAGCUUCACUGCGGAGAGAAUCAAGCAGAACUUCCAGCUCCUUGACUUUGAGCUGAGUGCUGAAAACAUGAAAAGGUUGGAUGGCGUUAACAAAAACAUGCGAUACUUGAACAUUGAUAGUUGGAAGGAAUCUCCUAAAUACCCCUAUUAUGAGGAGUAUUAAGGCAUCAGAUUUUCCAACCUGUCACCACAAUGCCCAGAGCCCUAAUCUGACAUUGGUCAUCUGUCUUACCAGU